CCGCCGCCGCCGCCGCCGCCGCCGCCGCCGCCGCCGCCGCCGCCCGGGUCGGGGAGGGGGCGCGUUGCAAGUAGGAAGCGAGGCGCUCCGAGGUCGUCGCGGGAGCAGCUGGGGACCCCCCGCAGGAUGAACCACAAGAGCAAGAAGCGCAUCCGCGAGGCCAAGCGGAGUGCGCGGCCGGAGCUCAAGGACUCGCUGGACUGGACCCGUCACAACUACUACGAGAGCUUCUCGCUGAACCCGGCGGCCGUGGCGGAUAACGUGGAAAGGGCAGACGCCUUACAGCUGUCGGUGGAAGAAUUUGUGGAGCGCUAUGAACGACCCUACAAGCCCGUGGUUCUGCUGAACGCCCAAGAGGGCUGGUCUGCGCAGGAGAAGUGGACCCUGGAGCGCCUGAAAAGGAAGUACCGGAACCAGAAGUUCAAGUGUGGCGAGGAUAAUGACGGCUACUCCGUGAAGAUGAAGAUGAAAUACUACAUCGAGUACAUGGAGAGCACUCGGGAUGACAGCCCCCUCUACAUCUUUGACAGCAGCUACGGUGAACACCCUAAAAGAAGGAAACUUCUGGAGGACUACAAAGUGCCCAAGUUUUUCACCGAUGACCUCUUCCAGUAUGCUGGGGAGAAACGCAGGCCGCCUUACAGGUGGUUUGUGAUGGGGCCACCACGCUCUGGAACUGGAAUUCACAUCGACCCUCUGGGAACCAGUGCCUGGAAUGCCUUAGUUCAGGGCCACAAGCGCUGGUGCCUGUUUCCUACCAGCACGCCUAGGGAGCUCAUCAAGGUGACCCGUGAAGAAGGAGGGAACCAGCAAGAUGAAGCCAUUACCUGGUUUAGUAUCAUUCAUCCCCGGACACAGCUUCCUACUUGGCCACCUGAAUUCAAACCCCUGGAAAUCUUACAAAAACCAGGAGAGACUGUCUUUGUACCAGGAGGCUGGUGGCACGUCGUCCUUAAUCUCGACACCACCAUUGCCAUCACCCAGAAUUUUGCCAGCAGCACCAAUUUCCCUGUUGUAUGGCACAAGACGGUAAGAGGGAGACCAAAGUUAUCGAGGAAAUGGUAUAGGAUCUUGAAGCAAGAGCACCCCGAGUUGGCGGUCCUGGCCGACUCUGUUGACCUUCAGGAAUCCACAGGAAUUGCCUCGGACAGCUCCAGUGACUCCUCCAGCUCCUCCAGCUCCAGCUCGUCGGACUCGGACUCCGAGUGUGAGUCUGGGUCUGAAGGUGAUGGCACAAUGCACCGCAGGAAGAAGCGGAGGACGUGCAGCAUGAUGGGAAAUGGGGACACCACCUCCCAGGAUGACUGUGUGAGCAAAGAACGCAGCUCCUCCAGGAUUAGGGACACUUGUGGAGGCCGGGCUCACCCCUGAGCAAAUAAAGAGACUCUCCCUGAGGUGGCUCCUGUGUACGCUGUUGGCGGCCACCUGACUCAGUUUUCACGUCUUCUGCUCCCACCUUCUCCUUUGUCUUCUUUGAAUUUGGAUAAUCCUUCUCUGGUCCAAGCUUCUGUCUUCGGUCAAAUGCUGUUUUUACUGCUUACUAAGAAUAGAUGGUCAAGAAGUGUCAAAACUCAGCAAGCUCAGUGAAACACGAAACACUGAAGGCUGCCAUGCUGUUGGGUGAGGAGGCCUAUGCUGUCUCCCUUACACCACGACCUCGAGGCUGCAGGGCUGAGAUCCCUUGAGUAUCUCACUGCGUGUGAUAACCUCCCGACGUGGGUAAGGAACCUCUGCUCUCCGAGAGCCGGCUGUGCACAAGCAGGCCCCGAAGGGUGAGUGGACUUGGAGUCGUGUGUGAGCCAAUUACACAUAAAAAGUGCUGCGCAUGUGCCACUUCCCUGUCACUGUCCCAAAGCCGCACUCCCUGGCAGUGACCCAGCCAGCAAGUGCAGUGCCGCUCACUGCUGCGAGCGCUGUCUUUGGACACAUUUCCUUCUCACCACCAUCAGAGAGGCUCUUAAAUUUAAGCAGUGUGUUCGUAUAGUGUAUUUUGGGGGAGGGAUGACAUAUCAGGGUUUUUGUUUAGGAACAGUAUGGGAAUGGUGUUUGGUGUGUUUUAUCACAGAAUUUAAAUUAUGAAUAGGGCCAACUUCUAACAGAUGUGUCCUGUUCUUUCCUACCAUGUGAUCCAUAAGGCAGGAGCUCUCUGUAAGAGACUUCACGAUUAGUGCCCUUAUUUGUUUGACCAGCAGACGAGAGGUGGGUGGCUUGUGCUACAUGUCUGGAAAUAAAUCCAUAUAUGGUGCUUCUAGUCUUUGGGAUCUGUUUAGGAUUCUAAUAACUCUGGUAUGAAUACUUGGGAUUGACCAGCAGUUUCCAUUACUUGCUCUCUCAACUCACCUGCUUGCCUUAAUUGGUCCCUAAAUUCAUCUAAAUUUAAGUAAAAGUAAGGGGGGGUUUGUCAAGGAUAUUUCCAGUGGAGAGGACUGAGCAGCAUGUCCUGUUCUGGGUGGGAGUGUAGGUAAAGGCAUUAGCAGCCAGAGGGCAGCAGGAGCUCUCACUGGGGAGUGUCCAGGAGGAGCAGAGGAGUGUGUGCAGACAUCCUGGAGUUGUAUGGUUCCUCCCUCAACAUGGGUAUAAUCUGGGGAAUUCAGAUCUCUUCUGUGCAAAAGUCCUAUUUUUAACAGACUGAUUAUCAUUUCAUGACACUACCUCAGUCACGUGGCUCUCUUCUAGGAGGCUGAUCCCUUAUUUUGCCAUAGUCAGUUCUCAUUUGCGUUCUCAAAUGCCAAUCCAGAUGUGUGGCCAGAUUGGAUGGAAAACAUCUACUGCCUUCAUCGGUGUUGGUGCCUGUCACCUGCCCCAAAGUGCUGCUCUCCUCUUCCCCACCAGGCUACAGGGGCUCAGGCUCUUGCUUCCAGGGUCUGUUUGGGUGUGCAUAAAGUCAAACCCCAAAUUUAUCAUUUCUUUGUGUUAACAAUGGUGUUGCUCCGUCUCCUUUUUCAAAUUUUCUUGCCAUCUUCCAAAAUGGUUUUUUCUUUUCCCUAUAUUGCUAAGGGGCUGUCACGCCUUCUCAAAUCCAUACCAACUUCUCUCUGAACUUCAGUUUAGAGAAGAAAAAAAAAAAAAAAAAAAUAUAUAUAUAUAUAUAUAUAUAAAGGCCGUUCGCCGCCAGGGGGCGUGGUAGGACACUUUUGCAGUGGCUGGGAUUCCGAGGUUCGAAGUUUGAAUUGGAGAGAUGAGCCUUCCCCAGAGGCCAACGGUGUUCCUGUUUGACAAACCAUAUCCAGAAACGAGGGCUGCAGCCCAUCUGACAGGCCCGCAGUCACCUCACCGGAAAGCAUCUGGAUCACACGGGUUACAUGCUGCCAUUCGGCUCUUACCACCCCGUGAGUGACCAUGGGGCAGGGCAGUCUUUGUUUUAGCUAUGCCAGAGAUUCAAUACCUCCCCCCUGCCCACCCCCCAGCCCCGGCCCCUUUUAUCGUCCCUGUGGCCCAGCCAAGCACACCAUUAUGGAAAUAAAGCAGGGAUGAGUUGGGGAAACCGUGAGAGAGGAGUGCCGUGAUGACUGGAUGCUGGGGAUGAAGUAGGAAAUGGGAACCAGGGGCCCAUCUGUUCUGGAGUUAACCUUUUAACCCACCUGGCCUGAGCUCCCCCUUUGAGUGGUGUCAACAGCUUAGUAAGGGCAAGGACACAACAUGAAACUUCUUAGGGAUUCUUCUCCCAACUGAAAACCAACAAGUUGGCUCCUGGAAGAAGGGCUCUUGGACCAGUAGCUACUGAUAGGGAGCAGGGUGCAUGAAGACGGUGAGGGGCAGGGGAGGCUCUGGGCUUUGGGAACAAGCACCAAAGACUUUAUCAUCAUCCUGAAGUAUCCAGGCUGCACACAGGCCUCCCUGGGGUCAGUAGUAGUGCUGGGAUAUUCAGGGUGACACCUUUGAGGGGAGAGCCACCGAACAGGGACAUUGUUACUGUUUGGCUCAGGCUUACAGAUGCCCACUUACUAAUCAUCCAAGCAUUCAACCUGUGUUUGAGUGCCAGGCACUGUUCUAGGUGCUGGAGAUGCAGCAGUGACAAGCCCAGGUCCCCCUCCUUAUGGAGCUGAAAGACUGAGUGUGCCAUGCGUGGUUCCCAAGGGUCGCUGGUCAGAGUAAGUGGAGUCAGGCACAUCCAUUUCCACGACCAGAAAAGUAAGUUCAGAUCUUACUAAAUUCAGGUUUAUGAGACCUUCAUAAAAGAACAUAAUUAACAUCAUAGCUAUGUUCUCAGCUUAGUGUUUGGUUUCUCUUUAAAUUAGCUGAAGAUAUUUAAGGAUUGGCAAGAAAGUUGCUGGUAUAAAUGCUUUAUGAAGUUACUAGAGGUUCAGCCUGGAUAUGAUUUAGGACUUUAGACAAGAGUGUGAGAUGGAAUAGGAGUUUUCCAGUAAAUGUUGUAAAAAGUGCUUUCUAGGACGUAGGCGUGUACGUGCGCAGCUAUAGGUUCCUUGAAUUGUGUGUAGCGUUUCCACAAAUAAGUUGUCAUGUGCGUGCUGGGUACUGCUCAUGGUUUCCUGUGGAGUCUGGUGUCUCCUCACACUCCCCCCUCCCUGCCUUCUGUCAAGAUGUUCCACUGAUGUUACAUUAUAUACAGCAAAACGAGAUGAACCUUGCACCCCAGCCCCCUUGGGUGGUGGCUCUUGACUUUGUCUCAUCAUCCUUAGUUCAAAAACUUGAGACAUCUAGCCCCCACUGAAUGUCCCAUGAGAACUGGCCCGGCCUGCUGUCUCCAAGGGGACUGGACAGUGCAGAAGAAUUGGGACUGUGCCGAGUCCUUGUGCCUCUUAACAGCUGUCACCUAGACACCCAGCAGCCUGCUGCGCCUGCUUUCAUCUCGCCGGGGGCUUCGCCACUGGAUGCCUGUGGCUCUGCCAUUUGAUUGGUAUUUUUAACUUUCACUUGGAUGAAACUUGUUCAUCAUUUUAAAUAAAGCAACUUGAUUUGGA